AUGGAAGUCAUAACGUACGUGCUCUCGAUACCCUUCAUGUUCCUCGUGCUCAACAAGACCGCCGCCUGGUCCGUAAAGAACCAUGUGCUCCCUGGAUCAAGGGUCGGGCGCGCGUUGCUGGGAAACAUUGACGACGGCAUGCGGGAGGCGCUAGAUGAAUGCCAGUCCCAGUUCCAGUGGGACCGUUGGACCUGCCCGGAAAGUGCGUUCGACGUCAUCGCCAAUCACGGAAGACUUCCAGCAACCCGUGAGUCUGCGUUCGUCGUUGCCAUGGUUAACGCAGCCAUCACACACAUGUUCGCCAGGAACUGCAGUCGAGGCCUACAAAACUGCAGAUGCGACAAGCGGCCUCGAGCGAUUUCAUACGGUGCAGCAUGGUCCUGGGGUGGCUGCAGCGUGGAUAUCAAGCACGCAGGAAAUUUUUCGCGCCACGUCCUUCUCGACAAGUUUGGAGCCAACAAAGACCUAAACGCCGCAAUGCAUACGCACAACAACAAAGUUGGCACAGCGGCUGUGCGCAAGACGACGCAGCGCACUUGCAAAUGCCACGGCCCCUCGGGCACGUGCACCAUGAAGACUUGCUGGAUGAAGCUGGGCGAAAUGUCGGCCGUCGGACGGAGGCUACGGAAAGCGUAUGACCGGGCCCACCUUGUCCACUCUAACCGCGGCGCACCUAAAUGGCCCGAGGUGAAGAAAGUGCUGGUUUACGCCGUGCCUUCGAGCGACUACUGCCGGCCUAAUCGCAGCCUCGACGUCGGUGGCACCUACGGCCGAGAGUGCUCACGGAGGACCGGUAGGGGUGUGUCCCGGACGGAACGCGACAGCUGCUACAACUUGUGCCAUAGCUGCGGUCAUAACGUCAGGAAGGUUACGUUGAUCACCCCGCACAAGUGCAACUGCCAAUUCCACUGGUGCUGCACCGUCAAGUGUGAAAUCUGUUACGGCAACGUGACGAAGUAUUUGUGCCACUGA